CUUGAAUGAGUGUCAUCACGUAGAUGUUAUGCUUGCUUUCGUUACACAGACUCCCCUACCUGUUGUUGUUCUGCUUGUGUUGAUUUAUUGUACUUUUUUUGCAACAGCCGAUCGGCACGUUAACGGAGGCGGUGGCCAAAAGUCCCCUGGUCAGUAGCCCUGUGGUCAUCAAGAUUGAGGAGUCACCCGAGAAGCACAAGGCUCUCAUUCUUGUGGUGGACACGAAUGUACUCAUUUCCUGCCUGACUUUCCUGAGUGAGAUCAUGAAUGCCGAUCUUCCAGGGUUAGGAAUCCCAACUCUGGUUUUGCCGUGGGUCGUCAUGCAGGAACUGGACUUCAUCAAGGACAGUCGCAAAAGACGAGACAGAUAUAACGAAAUGACCUGGCGUCGUGCUGUGGAGGCUGUACAUUUCAUCCACGCCAAACUGAAUACAAAAGACCAGAACUUGAUUGGUCAGCCCCCGAAAGAGGCCUACCAGAAGACGGAUAUGGUCAUUUCCUCUAACGAUGACCGGAUCCUGCAAUGCUGCGUGCAGUGGAAGGAGAAGUGCCCUGAUGAUCAUGUGAUUUUAUUGAGCCGCGACCUGAACCUCACCAACAAGAGUGUGAUCAUGGGAAUCUCUGCUGCAAAUACAGAAACCCUGUGGAAUGAGCUGAAGAUGCCAAAGCCAAAUCUGAAGCUGCUGCAAAAACCACCAAGCAAUGAGACCACUCAGAAAGGGAAUCAGAAUGUGGCUGCAACAAGUGGCAAGAGCAAAAACUCUGAGGGUAGUCAUGUCAAGCAACUUUUUCUCUCAGAGCCGGAGACUACGAAUCAGAAACAACUCCCAGUGAGGUACAACAAAGCAACCACCAAAGUAAACAGCACCGACGCGCCGCCAUCGUUAUUAUCAUUACCAUGUCAGCAACCUGUAAACUCCUCCAGAAAUGUGUACAAUAACCCCACACUUCAAAAGACAUGUGUUCCCGGAAUCUCAGCACCCUCCACUGAGGACAGGCCUGCCAGCCUCUCAAAUACGCAAGAAAAUCUGAACCAGGUAGCGAAGAAUGUGACUCAUAAGCCCACUUCAAAGCACCUGCAACCGCAAAGCUCGUCAAAUUGGGACAAAACCCAAGAACAAACCAGUGUUUGUUUUGUAGAGAGUUCCCAGUCCGUUAGUUCCAGUUCCGGGGUAGUUCCAGGUACGAGGACAGAACGUGUCCAGUCGGAUGAACCGAUGGAGUCUGCCACUGAAAGCGCAUCUGGCAACACUGGCAAAAAUUUGGAUCCUACUUCUGAACCCGCAAGGGAACUACGAGCCACACAGUCUGAGACUGCGUCUCCUGCUGCCAGUGUUACUGAGUGUGAGAGUCUAGUCUUGAGCAAGUUUCAGAAUAUUUGGACAUUCAUCACAGAGUUCAGGGAUGAGCUUAUCAAGGUGCUCAACGAGGGCCAGUCACACGCAGAGUUCCCUAUGGCUGUGGCCGCGCUGAGACGAGUGGGCAGCCUCAUGAUAGAACUGAUGGAGAAGUUUACAGAGUGUCUGGAUCUGUCACCCGUCAUUCUACAAGAUCGACAGCUGGAGUUCAAGGCCUUUGCCGAGUGUCUCAAUAACUUCUUGUUGAGAACUGAGGUGAACGUGACUAAAACAACUCCACCAUUAGAUCACCGCCAGCUCAUCGGGUAUUUUUCUGCAACAAAGAGCAGACCACAACUCAAAGCAGGCCUGGAGGAACUGUCGGGGUUCAUCAAACUCUUCCAGGAGAUGAGCGGUCAAAUUUUUGCAGCGGCAUCCUCCUGAUGAGAGUAGAGAGAGGAGGUGCCCAUUGGAGGAUUGGGUCAGAUCGGAUCAAUUUGCUAGCCAGUUUGAGGGUGCAAAGCGGCUGUCUUGGCACAAGCCGAUCGCGCCCAACUCGUGGCCUUAAAAAAAAGUGUUUGUUUUCUGGCGACAAGUUGGACGAUCGACCCGACCUGACCCGAUCCCAUCCGCUAUGAGCAGCACGUUUAAAGGUGUAUGUACACUUGUUUGGUUGUACAGUGUCUUCAGAUUUGUCUUCGGGAAAAGUGCACAUCCUCGUCUCAGGGUUCAUGACCAUUUUUGUGCUGUAAGGAAUAUACGGUAUAACACGGAUAGCUUGAAUUCGUCGAGACCGGCCUCGGUAGUUCGAGGGAUUCGUAGUUGGAGUGAUAUCUUACAAAGACAAAGAAGAAGGAAAAAAAUGGGACUGCAGGCACAGUUUGACGGAUACGUAUGUGACUUUGAGUCUUUUGUGUUUGACCUAUCCAUCUUGUACUCUAUGUAAUUAUGAUUAUAUUGUCUAGAUCAUGGUGCACUUGCCUAAGUAAUUUUUUGCAGGUUUCAUAUAAACCCACAAUCUUUCUCCAUCCUCAUAUACAAACGUGGAUCCAUGCAUGCAUGCACAUGCACAUGGGCACACACACACACACACACACACACACACACAC